AUGAUAUUUCUCUCUUUGCUAUGCCAAGAAGCUUAUCUAUAUUCUCAUAGUCGGUUAGACGCUAAACUGGAUUCUGUUUUAAAAAAUGGAGUAUGGUGCUGGAAGCCUACACGAUCUGGGAUGUUAGUUGAUAUACAGAGUAGGUUACCUGAAGUGCCUAUUGGUGAGAUUGAUAAGCCUGUGUGGUCCAUAUCUCGUUCUGGUUCCUAUGAUUGCUCUGAUACUUGGAAUUAUCUUCGACAGAAAAAGGCCAUUGUCAACUGGUGGCCGCUGGUUUGGCAUCAGCAUGCUAUUCCAAAACAAGCAUUUAUCCUUUGGUUAGCAGUCAAUAAUAGGCUCACCACUGGCGAUCGAUUGCUGGCUUGGGGUUAUGAGGGGGAUACAAAUUGUGUCUUCUGCAGAAAUGGAACUGAGAGUCGUGACCACUUAUUCUUUUCAUGUGGUUUUAGUUCCCGAAUUUGGAAAACCUGUUUACAACGUUGUGAUGUCUUAAAUCCUCCUACUAGUUGGGAUGGUUUGAUAGAAGAAGGGUGUAGAACUUGGAAGACUAAGUCCUUGAUGGGGUCAAUAUGUAAACUGAUAUUGAGCUCUGCUGUAUACGGUCUUUGGAGAACAAGAAAUAAGAUAAAAUUUGGAAGUCAACCUAGAAAUGAAGAGCAGAUAUUGAAGUUAAUUUUUUGGGAGGUGAGGUUCCGGGUUUCUGGGAAAAGGAAGUUCAAGAAGACUCUGGAAAACAUCAACUUGUGUCACAAAUGGAAUAUUGAUGUUAACAUACUGAGUUAG